GGAGCCUGGUCCCGAAACUGGGGAAUGACGAAGGCGGGUAGCUACAAGCGGGAAAGGAAAGUGCUGUGUUGCAUUUAGAUCUCUCGCAGCUUUUCAAAUAAUACAUGUGUGUUUGCAGGGAACGUGUGGCGGUCAAGAAAUUCCUGCAAAUCCCAUCAGCCCCAGCCAGCGGUAAAGGCUGAUGGGAGUUGCAGUGUGGUGACAUCUAGAUGGGUGCCGGUUUCUUGCAUUGCAUCAUACAGUCAUAUUCUUUGAAAAGCAUUACGUAUUAAAAAGCGAUGGAAGGACUUUUAGUGUUCAUACUUCACAGUCAUUUCUUGUGCAAUUGGAUUUUCAUAAUAGCAUGCAAUAUAGGUGGGGUUUUAUAUUUUCAUUUGGUGUGGGAGGCGCAACUGACAGGGCUUUUUGGAUUUCUGUACAAAUAUCUACACAAUCUUUAGUAUAAAAAAGCAAAUGUUCUGAUGUGUAUGUUAUUCCAGAAAAAUGCUUGAGUUAUUUACAUAAGCUGUUUGUAAUGACAUUGGUCAGACAUCAUCUUAGAGCAUUAUGCAGAAUAGCAAAUAAUCACAAACAGUUUCUACAAUUGGAAAUAAACAAUAAGAUUUUGAGAGAGAUCUGACCCUGAACUGACAGAAACAAGAACCCCACUCUCACUUUUGCAGUCCGCAUUAGGCAUUCUGGAACUGCAAUGUCUCCUUUCACCUCUGGGUCCACAUUACAAUCCAAACCAAAUCAUGUCAUUAAAGUUUAAAUAGUAAUAAUGAGUUUAAAUAGCAAUGAUUCCAAGCAGGACUGUGUGCUAAUGCCAGGGUCCACCGAUGCUGGAUGAGACAAGGGCCAAAAUGUAGGUGGGGGAUAAAUCUAGCAGCUCCAGAAAAAGGGGAGGAAAAAAACUCUAGUAAAAAGCAGGCGCCCCGCCACACACACACAACUCACAAAAACAGUCCAGCUAACCAACUAAAAAGAAUGUGCAAGACAGCAGAGAGCUAGUAGGCUUGCAAAACUAUCUCUAAAAGGAAGUAAUUGACCAGGGGUCUAUAUAAGCUUACAUAUAUACUAUUAAAAAUAAAUAAGUACCAAUCCUACAUAGCAUCUUAUUGCUCUUUUUAGUCACACUGUGAGGCGAGUUCCAGCAGCUGGGACUAUGCAUUAGUGGCAGUAACAGAGCCUGUGAUGAGACAGAGGAGAAUAUCCCCGGAAAUGAAAUCGCUGUGAUCAAAGAAGUCUUCUCACGUGAUUUUCUCAGCAGAAUGGACAGAGCUCCACAGUACAUAACCGAGCAGUCUCCUGCUGCUGGGCAGUGUAAUGCACACAGGCACUUCCUCCUGCACUUGUGAAGCUCCCGUACAGAUACGUCUUCCUUCUGAUCACUGUGGCCACCUAAGACUUUGUGUGGUUUACUCUGCUGGUGUGCAAGGCUACCAUUCUCCGCUCCUUGGGAGGAAUAUGAAUGAGAACAACUCAAUUGAAACAUCUAAAACAAAGAUAGCCAAUAGUCCCAUUUGUGUCGGCAGUGAAGAGGAUUUAAAAAAACUGCGAAAAACAACAGCCACUGUCCAUGGCAGAGAAGUUGUUGUUUUCUACCAUGAUGGAAGAUUUUAUGCUCUGGAUUGCCGUUGUUACCAUGCAGGAGGUCCUUUACAUCUUGGAGAAAUAGAGGACAUCAAUGGACAGCCGUGCAUUAUUUGUCCCUGGCACAAGUACAGGAUAACUCUGGCUACUGGUGAAGGAUUGUAUCAAUCAAUUAACCCCCGGGAACCAUCUUUAUCACCAAAAUGGCAAUCAAAAGGAGCUAAGCAAAGGACUCAUAAAGUUACUGUGGACAGUGGAAAUGUUUAUGUGACUCUUUCAGAUUUAGCAGACAAGAUGGAUUCUGAUUACUAUGCUGAAAACUACAAAAAGAUAAAAAAUUAUCCCCAGAAAAAAUAACGUAUUUUGUACUUAAUACUUACAGGCAUUAAACUGAAGCACCCUUGCUGUCUAAAGAGCACUUGGUUUUCCAAGUGGUGAUAUGAAAUUAACUGAACUGGGUUUAAUAUUGAGUAUACACAAAUCUUUAGUCCAGGCAAGGGUGGGCAACUUUUGGCCCUCCAGAUCUUUUGGCCAGUAAUUCUCAUCAGUCUUAGCCAGCACAGUCAAAGAUGAGGAAAGAUGCAGAUGUCAGCCAAAACACCUGAAGAGCCAUGAGCUGCCCCUCCUGCCAUUGUCAGAGACAGGACUCUCUCUCUCUGUGCAUGUGCGUGUCCGUGUGCAUGUGUCAACAAUGAGUUGAAUAAAGAAGUGCUUGUGCCUUGGAGAAGAAAUAUGCUAAUUGUAUGAAUUUUAAAAUUAUAAUUGAAAGAGUUGAUUCUUUUUCUUGCACUUAAUCCAAGGCUUCCCGAAAUAAUCAAGAUUUGGAUCUGAAACUGUUCCAGUUGUGUACUUAUUCUGCAGCACCAUAAAUUGGUCUGUGAGCUAGGCAGGCUCUAAGUGGCCAGCUUAUGCUGAAUGUAACUCCGCAAGCGCCAGCUCACUUAUAUUAACUGGAAACGACAUACUGCUUUUCAACCAAAUAGGCUGUACUAAUGGCCUAGCUCGAAGAAGCUGGAGUCCUAGGAGAUUUAUCCUUCUAUUUUGUAGCAGGCAAAGUGGUGUGAAAUUUACGUGUCAGUAGCUAGGGCUAUGUGCAUAUUUGUGUGUGUGGUAAGAUACUGCAGUAACAAAGGCCUGAAUGGCCCAAAGAAGCAGAAUAUUUCCAGGAAAGGGUGGAGUAUUUUGCCAAAGGAUGCAAGAACAGGCCGUAGAGAAACAAACAUGGCUCUCAUUCACAGCAUACAGUUAUCCUUUUCAUCUGAUAUAGUUUCACAUUCACAAUGUGAUGCUGAAGGAUUUGACUCGCUGUUGUUUUAACAUGUUUAUGCUUGUUUUAAAUAAAUUUGCAAAAUUA